UACGGAAAUUAAAUGGCAGUUCAUGGAGAAAAUUUAAAUAACUAAAUCAUGAAUUAUCAAUUUAAAAUAUUUUCACUCCUAUUUCUGCAGGGAGCUUUUCAAUUUUUAAAAUUAUAUGGUUAUCCAGAUGUUAUACCAACGCUGUGCAACAGAACAAAUGCGGAACCUGUAACGGAUGAUGAAGUCGGUUCGGGAGAUAUUUAUAGUGAAUCUGAUGAUUUUACGACGGACGACGAUGACGAAUUUCUUCCACCACCUAUGUCACCACCACCGUUGAACAGAGAAUACGGUGGAUUCAAAGGCGAAAAAGGCGAUCGAGGUCCUAAAGGUCCUCCAGGUGAAACGAUUCGAGGGCCUCCAGGACCUCCAGGUCCACCUGGGCCGCCAGGAAUCGGAUCAUCAUCAGAAAAUUCUAACGAGUCAAGUAAGAAAACAUUUAGUGGUGGCGAAUGUACUUGUAAUGCGACAACCAUCCUUAAUUUAUUAAAACGUGAUAUUGAUUUCGGCGAAUCGAUAAGAGGCCCUCCCGGAACACCAGGUAAAGACGGCAAGGGUGGAGUUCCUGGACUAACGGGAGUUACUGGUGCCACAGGAGAACGCGGAUUGCCCGGUCCAAAAGGUGACCGCGGCGAACGUGGUGACACCGGUGCUCGUGGUCCAGAAGGACUCCAAGGCAACAAAGGAGAACCUGGACUGGACGGUGUGCCAGGUAUCCAAGGUCCACCAGGGCCUCCAGGUUCUCCUGGAAUCCCCGAAAAUUAUGAUGUAAGUUCAUUGCUUUAUUUACAUCUUAAUCAAUUAAUUUUCAAUGAAUAUUUAACUUUAUCGAAUAUUAAUCAUAACUAA